AAACUGGACAUUAGAUUUUGCCCUGGGAUGAAACUGUCAUCAUCAUCAGUUUGAGUCCAGAAGUGAUCCUUGUGGUCAUCUUGCCUCUUUUUAAAUUCCCAAGACACAGGAGGUUACAAACAAUCAUUUCAGCUCUGCACAACCCUCAUUGAAACUGCGGAGCAGAGCACAGGUAGUGUCACUAGAGUCUACCUCAGAGGCAUCAUGAGUCAUCCUCAUCAGCUGGGAGAGGUUUCAAAUUUUUAGGGGCCCUGACUGGUGCUCUUGAGGAUGGAGAAUGCCCCCAAGCAGGACUGAGAAGCAAGAGUAAUGAGGCCAGAUUUCCUACAUCAUUAGGCCGAGAUGCGGCUGCUCCUGCUCGUGCUCUCGCUGCUGGCCGCUGCGCCCGGGUUCUCGGCCCCCAGGGCGAGGCGGCAGAGUGACACCUGGGGCCCCUGGGGCAACUGGAGCCCCUGCAGCCGGACCUGCGGAGGAGGCAUCAGCUUCCGGGAGCGCCCCUGCUACUCCCAGAGGAGAGAUGGAGGCUUCAGCUGCGUGGGCCCCGCCCGGAGUCACCGCUCUUGUCACACAGAGAGCUGCCCCGCCGGCGGUCCGGACUUCCGCGCCCAACAGUGCGCUGAGUUCGACGGCCAGGACUUCCAGGGGCGGCGCUACAAGUGGCUGCCCUACUAUGGAGCCCCAAACAAAUGUGAACUGAACUGCAUUCCCAAGGGAGAGAGCUUCUACUACAAACACAGGGAGGCUGUUGUAGAUGGGACGCCCUGUGAGCCUGGCAAACGGGACGUCUGUGUGGAUGGCAGCUGCCGGGCUGUCGGCUGCGACCACGAACUUGACUCGUCCAAGCAGGAGGACAAAUGUCUGCAGUGUGGGGGCAACGGCACAGCCUGCCACCCUGUCACAGGCACCUUUGAUGCCAACGACCUCAGCAGAGGCUACAACCAGAUCCUUGUAGUUCCCGUGGGGGCCACCAGCAUCCUCAUUGAGGAGGCGGCUGCCAGCAGGAAUUUCCUGGCGGUGAAGAAUGCCCACGGUGAAUACUACCUCAACGGGCACUGGACCAUCGAGGGCGCCCGGGCCCUGCCUGCAGCCAGCACCGUCCUGCACUAUGAGCGGGGUGCAGAGGGGGACCUGGCGCCUGAGCGGCUCCAUGCACGCGGCCCCACCUCAGAGCCUCUGGUCAUCGAGCUCAUCAGCCAGGAGCCCAAUCCCGGCGUGCACUACGAGUUCCACCUGCCCCAGAGCAAUGCCCGGCCCAGCUUCAGCUGGAGCCACGGCUCGUGGAGCACCUGCAGCGUGGACUGUGCUGGAGGUCGCCAGUCCCGCCAGGUGUUCUGUACCAUUGACAACGAGGUCUACCCCGACCACAUGUGCCAGCACCAGCCACGGCCGGCCGACCGCCGCCCUUGCAACCCUCACCUGUGCCCACAGACCAAGCAGACCUCUUACCUGCGCCGGCCCAGAGUGUGGCGCCUUGCUGGGGCCCAGCCUGUGUGUGGGAGCAGCUGGAAGACGGGUCCCUGGGCGCCCUGCUCAGCCUCCUGUGGAGGCGGCUCCCAGUCCCGCUCGGUCUACUGCAUCUCAUCCAAUGGGGCCAGCAUCCAGGAGGCCACUGAGGAGGCCGAGUGUGCAGACCUUCCUGGGAAGCCCCCCACCAUGCAGGCUUGCAACCUGCAGCGCUGUGCAGCCUGGAGUGCGGAGCCCUGGGGAGAGUGCUCCGUCAGCUGCGGUGCUGGCGUCCGGAGGCGGAGUGUCACAUGCCGGAGUGACCAGGGGGCUCUGCUCCAUGCCACAGCAUGCUCCUUGGAGGACCCGCCCCUCCUAACUGAGCCCUGUUUGCGUGACACCUGUGCCCCCAUCAGUGACCAGGCCUGGCAUGUAGGCGCCUGGGGUCUAUGCUCCAGGAGCUGCAACUCAGGCACUCGGAGGCGCCAGGUCGUCUGUGCCACUGCGCUGCCCAGCCAUUGCAGGAGUCGGCAGCUGCCAAAGCCUGUGGAGGUGGAGCACUGUAACACACAGCCCUGCCACCUCCCUCCAGAAGUCCCCAGCAUGCAGGCCAUGCACACCAGCUCCAGGGUCCCCUGGAUGUCUUUGGGCUCUCAGGAGACCCCUGCCUCAGGUGAGGAGCUUAUGAGUCCAGAAACCAGUGGUGGGCACCCCAGAAGCAGCCCUCAGCCCAGGGUAACCUCCGAGGAGACCAGGGCCCCCACCCACCAGCCCCAGGCCCAGGCCCCUCCCUGCAGCAGUCCCCACACCGGCAGCCCCUGCAGGCUGGCUCCAUGCCCUGGGACUGCAGACACAGCCCCCAUGGGUGUUGCCCUGAUGGCCACACUGCAUCUCUUGGGCCACAGUGGCAAGGGUGUCCUGGCGCCUCGUGUCAGCAGAGCAGGUAUGGAUGCUGCCCUGAUGGGGUGUCUGUGGCUUACGGGCCCCAGCAAGCUGGCUGUGCAAGGUCUUACGAUGGCGAUACCACAGGGAGCAGGACAGGGCCCAGAGCAGCGGCUUCCACAGCAGCCUGGAGUCCCCACCAAGAACCAGACCUCUUCCCAACUUCGCAACUCUGGGCUUCCUCCCCAGACCCCUCAGGCCCGGCAGAAUGAGCCCAGUGGGUGUCGGGACUCCCAGUUUGGCUGUUGCUAUGACAACGUGGCCUCAGCAGCUGGCCCACAUGGGGAAGGCUGUGUAGGCCAGCCCAGCUAUGCAUACCCUGUGCAGUGCCUGCUGCCCAGUGCCCAUGGCUCCUGCACAGACUGGGCUGCCCACUGGUACUUCGUUGCCUCUGUGGGCCAGUGUAACCGCUUCUGGUAUGGUGGCUGCCAUGGCAAUGCCAAUAACUUCGCCUCGGAGGAGGAGUGCAUGAGUAGUUGCCGGGGGCCUCAACAUGGGCCGCGCCGACCUGGGCCUGGAGCCUCUGGCCAGAGCACCCACAGAGAUGGUGGUAGCAGCAGUCCUGGAGGCCAGCAGGAGGCCAGCCGGCACAGGACAGGGGCCACAGUCCAGAGACAGCCCCUUCCUUCUGAUGGCCUCCGGUGGCGAGACCAAGAGCCUGGGCCAGGGGAGGCAUACCACGCCCAGGUCUUCGGAGAACAGCCCCAGGUCCAGGAGCUUGGGCCCAGUGCCCCUCGACUGGGUGGAGACCCCCGGGAGCCAGCACCACCCUCCCACAGCCCCUCUCACAGGUCCUCACUUCCCUCCUGUCCAGGACUAGCUCGGCAGGCGUGGAGCCUGCUCUGGUGCAGGCAGCCCUGGGGCAGUUGGCGCAGCUGUUCUGCCCAGAUGACGCCUCCCUGGACCCCCACGCCAGGUGGCAGAAAGAUGGACAGCCUGUGUCCUCUGACAGGCACAAGCUGCAGCCCGAUGGCUCCCUGGUCAUCAGUCCCCUGCGGGCCGAGGAUGCUGGCACCUACAGCUGCGGCGGCACCAGGCCAGGCCGUGACUCUCAGAAGAUCCGGCUUCAAAUCUCAGGCCUCUGCCCUCCCCACCCCCCACCACAAUAGGCUCUUGCGGCCCCAGGGUGGGAGGGACUGGGCCAGGGGCUCCAGUUGGUCUGGAUGGAUGUCUUGCCCCUGUGGCCCUUGUUUCUCCACAUUUCCCCCGCCAGCCUCAUGGCCCACCCUUCCCUCUGCCCCUUUCUCCCCGCAGCUCACCUCUUGCUUCCCCUGGCCUGUGACAGGAGGUGACACAGCCGUGCUGGCUGAGAUUGAGCCAAGGCACUUCCCUCAGCCCGGGACCCCAGCCUGGGGCCACAGUUCUCGAGACUCCAGCCUCGGGGGGGAUGCUGGGGGCCUGGGGGCCAUCUCCUCCUCAUACCCACGGCCCACGGUCAGGCUGCGUCUGGACCGGAACCAGCCUGGGGUGGUGGACGCCCAUCCGGGCCAGCGCAUCCGGUUGGUCUGUCGUGCUGAGGGCUUCCCACGGCCCACCAUGGAGUGGCAGAGAAACGGGCAGCCUCUGUCCUCCGGCAGGUACCAGCUGCAGCCCGAUGGCUCCCUGGUCAUCAGCCCUGUGGCUGUGGAAGACGGUGGCUUCUACGCCUGUGUCGCAUUCAACGGGCAGGACCGAGACCAGCGAUGGGUCCAGCUCAGAGUUCUGGGGGAGCUGACGAUCACAGGGCUGCCCUCUACUGUGACGGUGCCAGAGGGGGACACGGCCAGGCUGCUGUGUGUGGUGGCAGGAGAAAGCGUGAACGUCAGAUGGUCCAGGAAUGGGCUGCCGCUGCAGGCCGAUGGCCGUGUCCACCAGUCCCCAGACGGCACACUGCUGAUCCACAACCUCAGGGCCAGGGACGAGGGCUCCUACACAUGCAGUGCCUAUCGUGGAAGCCAGGCAGUCAGCCGCAGCACCGAGGUGAAGGUGGCCCCGCCAGGCCCAGCUCUGUGGCAACGAGUACUACUCCAGCUUCUGCUGCUCCAGCUGCUCCCGCGCCCAGCCACACGCUCAGCCCAUCUGGCAGCAGGGAUGACAGCCACCUCCAGCCCCAGUUUUGAAGCAACUCCAGGGCUGGGGAGAAGGGGGAAUGGACUCGUCGUCUCCCCUCUCUGGCUGGCAAAGGGGGUUCUCUUCUGGAGACACUGGCCUUUUAACCCCAGCCAGUGUUGAGCCGCAGCCGCACUCAGUCCCCAGCAGUGUUUGUAUUUCUGACAAAACCACCGGUGGCUGCUGAGUUGUGAAGAAGAGGAAUCUGCUUAGAAAAGGCCAGCCUUUACAACUUCCCUCUAUAAUUUCUGUCACAGGAUCAGUUCGCUAUGCUUUAAAGCAAGCUCUCAGGGUUCUUGUUUCAUUUAAAGUUGGAUGGGGAGGUGUGAAAUGAUUUCAAAGCUAACACCUAUCUCAUUGGGGGGCAUGAACGCCUGCUGUGCUAGGAAAGGAUUCUGCUAGAACUAGUGGGGCCUAACAGUGGUCUGUUGCUCCAGUCCCUCUCACCCUUCCAGGGAGCAGAGAAACCAGCUUCGAGUCCCAUCUGUCCAUACAGUUAAUGGCAGAAUGUUUGUGAGAGGUUUCAGUAAAGUGGAAUGUAAUGCAAGAGUGUUGGGAUUUGGGGUCAAAGAGCAGCAGUUGUCACAUUAUCAUCUGUGCAUGAAAGAACUGGAGAAGCUUCUUCCUUUCUUUGGGAAACUUGAGCCCGAAGCUCUCUGGAGGCUGGUCUGCAGAGCCUGGCAGUGAGGACCAUCUCGCCCUGUGUGGAGGUGAUGGGCCUGCUCUGUACAGCAACCAGUGAGUCUCUCCUCAAGAGGAAUCUGUGAAGCAAAAUGUUUGCUGCCAGAUAAAACCAGACUGUUAUUAAAAACAGCAUCAGCAAAAUGGGGGAACCACUGGAGGGGAGGGCAAUGUAAUAACAAGAAGUGGUAACAAUGUAAAAAAAGUGGUUUCAGAAAUGGUUGAGUUCAGAACCUCCAAUUCCUCAUUGCUGAAACAACAGGCCUGGAUUCAAUGCACUUCCCAGGCAGUCCCUUCAACUUUCUGCAAACCCUCCAGAGGACGGCUGGGCCUAGUGACAGAUUAUCCUGGAACACAAAAUGACAGGUGUUCUCAGAAAAGGGGGGCUCUUAUUGCAGCACGCUGGCUGAAGACAAACUGCGUCAUGUCUGAGUGGUGCUGCUCAGUCUACCUCUCAUUCCACAAAGGAAACACUGGCUAAGGGCGGAGGGCUUUUCUUCCUUCCCAUUUAAAAAAAUAUCGAGGAGUAUCCCCUUUCAUUUACCAUGGUUGGUUUUGCUACAGAAGUUGGAAAACAAGGGCCUCUUUCCUGGACUCCCCAGUUCUUUAAACUAGUACUUAGCCAGCUGGAAACAUACUUCAGAAGGUACGUUUGAGAUGAGCUAUCUCUUCCUAGAACUAGUCAGAGUAGUGGGUAAGGCUGAGGUGAGAGCAAGUCACUCUAGCCCAGCAGUUCGUAGUCCUCUUCCGUAUUGGGAGCUUUUCAGAAACUGAACCUGGAGUUCCACUCCCCAGAGAUUUUGAUUUAACUGGCCUGGAGUAUGGACCAGCAUGAGGAUUUUGAAAGCUCCCCAGUGAUUCUAAUAUGGAUCUGAGGUUGCGCAUCACUGCUCCAGCCCUGGACUGCUCAGAAUGUGUAUCUUGCUUAAAUGCGGAUUCUGGUAACUAGGUCUGAUUUCUGUAUCUCUAACCAGCUUGUGGGUGAAGUCCAUACUACUACCAUUCCAGACCAUACUUGGAGCAGCAAGAAUCUGAUAUUGGAGAUGUGCUUAGGAACAACCAAAACCUAAUGUAUGAAUACAAACAUGAAUCUGAGACAUUUACUAGUCCCAAGGAAGGAUUUUCUAGCCACCAAAGCAGAGAUUAGCAAGUACAAUGGAGAGAGUACAAAACCAAAAAGGGGAAAGAACAGCCCGUCAUGGGCAAAAGCUUCUACCACGAACAUUUAUUUUUGUUAAAGCAUAUAAAUUCUCAUCAGUACAAAUAUAUAUAACUUACAUUUGAUUGUAAGGCCAAUGUUCAAAAGUAAAAAUGAGAUGGGAAUCUCACAUUGUUACCAGAAGUUAAGUGGCUGUAACUGGCAAUGGGAUGUUCUGCUCACCACAGGGGAGGGGGACAGAUGGACACACACGUAGCUACUAAAACCGAAUCUCCAUCCCCACAAUGUUCACGGGAACAAAACUUAAAGGACAAAACAAAACCCACCAAGACCCUUAUGACAAACCAACACAGUAACCUGCGUUCCUGUCUCUGGAUGUGAUUAUGUCAUUGUCACCUUAGUGUUAAAGGAUUAACAUAAGGAAACUGCAGCAACAUGUGAAAGAAAUGCAUAUUCUCUAUAGAGUACAUUUAGAUUGAUUCCAUUAAAAUAGUGAGAUUAGAAUUUCAUCAUAGGUUUAAAACCAGGACAAUACUGCUCUUUCAUUUCAUUUAAAACUACAGCCUAAUGACUGUAUUGGUCAUAAGCAUGAUUGUUGUUGCAAUGGGCUACUUACAAUGAAUGAUACCAAAUAAGCUAGGGAUCCCGCCUGCAGCUUCCAGCCUUUCCUCUUCUGACUUCAGUGGGCAUCAACGAUAAAUCAAUCUUAUGUACAAGUUCUUACAGCUAACCCUUUUACCUUUGGCAAGAUUACUUACAACUCAUACACCUUUUUUUAAUAUUGAGAACUAUUUAAAAUAUUCUAAAUGCAUAAAAAUAAAGAUUUUGGCUUUUUGAUAUA